AUGCGCCCCAGGGAUCCCAGACCCCAGGACCCACCCCAGACCCACCCCGCAGUAGGGCCGGGCAAUGCCCAAAAACCCCCUGGCGCCGGCGCCAGCGCCCCCACCCUGACCCCGGCCCCCGAACGACUCCCCCCAACACCGGCCGCCAAGAGGAGGACGGCCACGCCGGCCACGGCCCAACCCCCCCCCGCCGCCAAACACCGAGCAACCCUCCACUCCCAAACCGCGCACGAUGCACCGCACCACGCGCCACCGGCACCCGCCCCAACAGAGCGAAGCCACAACCCGACCCGGGGGCGCUCCAAAGGGACCCUCGACGCCCGCAACCAGCCCACAACAGACACACACGAACCCCGGCCACAGGCGCGACCACCCACGCCCCCCCCGGACGACGCAACCACGGCAAGCGCCACGGCCAACCACCGAAACCCGGCACCGGAAGACGGGGCACACCCCGACGCCCCCGCAGAGCAGAAGCACCCCGGCCAGCACCACAAAAGAACCGAUGCCCGGCGCCCAGCCCCACCCAGCAGCAGCACAAGCACCGCACGCGGCCGCCGCAGGACCCCCCCGCGGCGCCCCAGACCCCGCCCCGACGGGGGCAACAGUCCCCCGGGCCAGACCCGCCAGGCACCCCGCUCCGAGCACCCCCCCGAGCCCCCAGGACCCAAGGACCCCCGAACUAGCCCCCGCGCCCCACAAGACGCACCCCAUAGCCCCCCACUACACUAA